CAUCGCUGGCCUGGGUGAAGGGGUCGGUGAGGGCUCAAAGCUGGGAGGAAUGGCUGAGCACCCCGAGGGCUGUGUGGCCCCUCAGAGGGAUCUCGGCAGGUUGGAGUGAUGGGAAGAGAGGAAAUGUCUGGAAUUCAACAAGGGCAAGUGUAGGUGCUGCAGCUGGGGAGGACCAACCCCAGGAAUUCUGGGAUUCUGUGUCCUGCGGGGAAGCGCCGCUGCGGUGGAACCCCGGGAGGGUUUCCUGCCACUGCGAUCAGCAUCGGCCCCUUCCCGGUGACUGACAGCUGUCAAUCACUGCGGGGGCUGCCGGCCGGCGGGGGCCGCUGUGGCGGCGGCGGAAGCGGAGGAGGAAGAGGAAGCGGCGCUUCUUGGCGGCAAGGGAAGGAAUAGGCGGCGGCGGGGCAGGGCAGCAGCGGCGGCGGGCGAGGGCCGGUCCGAGCGGAGCGGAGAGCUGCAGCUCCGGUGCGGGAGGCGCGGGAAGGAGCGGGCCGGCCCCGGUGUGCGGCGGCCGAGGCGAGGCUCUCCGGGGGCCGCCGUGUGCCUUGGGCAGCCCCGGUGGCGCAGCCCGUCGCUGCGCUCCGCCGUUCCCGGUGCGGGGAUGGAGCUGGCGGGCGGCAGCACCAUCUCGCUGUGGACCGUGGUGGCGGCCGUGCAGGCGCUGGAGCGCAGCGUGGCCGCACACGCGUCCCGACUCUUCAGCCUGGAGCACCGCGCCGGGAACAGCGAGAAGAAGCACCAGGACUGCGAGAAAAUGGUCGGGGAGUUCGGGAACCAGCUGGAGAGCAAGUGCGCGGCGCUGGGCACCCUCGUCCAGGAGUACGGGCGGCUCCAGAAGCGCCUGGAGAACAUGGAGAACCUGCUGAAGAACAGGAAUCUCUGGAUCUUGCGGCUGCCCCCCGGGCUGGAGGCCCCCAAGGCCCCGGCUGUGGCGUUGGAAAACGAUACCACCGGCUUUUCCACUCAGGAGUGGGAGAACCUGGAGGAGUGGCAGAGGGAGCUGUAUGGAAAGGUGCUGACAGGGAAGAGAGAAGCCCUGGUCCUGCUGGACGAUGUCAUCUCCGAACCUGCCCUCCUGUCCCGGCUCCAGGGAGGAGAAGCGCCCUGCAGUGAGGAGGAGGCGGCUCCUGGAGAGAUCCCAGCAGAACCAGAGGCUCUGCUGUUCGAACUCAACGUGAGCAGCUGGGACAGCAGAGAAGCGCAGGAAAACCAGGAGGGAAGAGCAGGGCUGGCUGAACCUGGCCAUGCAGACAGCAGCAUUCCAGAGCGGAGCUUCGCUGUCACCGUGAAGCAGGAAGAGGAGGAAGAGCCACAUGCAAAGAAGCAGGGAGCCAUGGAGGGUGUGGAGUUCUCUGAGCUUGGUGUGGGGCCGGACGCCGCUGGACACAAGGCCCAGGCCCCAGCUGAGGGCAGGAACCAGCUGGGGGCCCGGAGCUGCCAGGAGCGGGAUGUGAGAGGGAAUCCCACAGAGACCGGCUCCGAGGACAGCAUAAUCCAGAUUAAGCAAGAGGAAGGGCUGUGCACUGCAGAUCGGAAGGAGGAGGCUGCAGAAGCUCCUGGAGAGCCCUGCCCAGCAGAGCGAGGAUUUUACGAGCCUGAGGCAUCCAGUCAGACCAGGAAGGGCAGCGAGGUGGAUGCCAGGGAGCUGCCAGGCACAGAGGGUGAGCACCUCCAGAGAGAUCCUGCCACAGGAUUUCAGACUUAUGCAAGGGGUGUUUCAUCGUGGAUUAAACAAGAGGAGCCACCCUGCUCUGAACAACAGGACUUGCAAAAAGAGGAAAUCUCUGCAGAUCCAAGUACAGAUGAAAAUUUGAAGAGGGACCAUCCAGCAAAUUCCUUGGAGAGCAAGACCUGUGACUUAGAGGUACCGGGAAGGCCGGGAGAGGUGUUCCCCAAAGAUCCCAGCCAUGGAGUGACGUGGGACAGCCAGUGGAAUUCAGAAAUGAUGGAAACAGCCCCCACAGGGAAUGGGAACAGCCUCGGAGGUGAUGCUCAGUACGAUUUCUUUAGUCCUCAGGAAAAGAGCCUGGAAAAGAGGCCUUGUCUGUACAGGUGUGAGAGAAGCUGCCCACAGCAGGACCUGCAGGGAGAAGGGGAGAUAUUUCCAGGCCCCACGUAUGAGAGGAUGUUCCCUCUGCUGCACCCACACGUAGGAGAGAUGGGAGUGGGCCUGGGAGAGAAAGGAAUGGGCCUGGGAGAGAAAGGAAUGACCCUUGGAGAGAAGGGAAUGAGCCUUGGAGAGAAAGGAAUGGGCCUGGGAGAGAAGGGAAUGGGCCCUGGAGCUGCUCCCAUGCCCUGUGAGGGGCCAGGGCCCCGCUCUGAGUGCGGAGAGACUCCCCCAGGCCCAGGCAGGCCCAGCCUGGGCGCAGAGGAGGCUGCUGAAAACGAGGAGAGCUUCCCCACGGACACCUCGGGAUCCAGCCCCUGCUGGGAGCCACCCCUGGCCCGGGGCAGCCCUGCCCAGCAGCAGAGCCAGGCCCGGGGCAAAUCCUACAUUUGCAGCGACUGCGGGAAAAACUUUGUGUGCCACUCGUGGCUGGUGAGGCACCAGACGAGUCACACAGGAGAGAGGCCCUACAAGUGCUCCAAGUGUGACAAAACCUACAGGAGGAAGGAUUACCUGCUGAACCACCAGCGCCGGCACACGGGGGAGAGGCUUUUCCAGUGUCCCCUCUGCAGCAAGAGGUUUGUGCUCAAGAGGAGCCUGCUGAAGCACCAGGAGGGUCACAUGCAGGACACCCACGUGCCGCUGGUCAGCUGGCCCUGCGGGAACAUCAGGGGCUCCGUGAUGCAUUCCAUAUAGGACAUCCCCCAGCGCUGUGGCACACCCUGAUGGCAGGAGCAGGCUGUGGUGCAGCCAUCCCGAGCCUCUCCCAGGCAAAGGGAGCUGGCUGGGGGUUGUUUUGUGUUAGACAGCAUUCACCAGUGCCUGUGGGUUUGGGGAGGUGCACUUUGGAGGGACUGCUGGCUGUGUGGGAGAGAAACCACCUUGACAUGGAACAAUUCGCGAUGUGUGUUACAAAGAAGAGUUGUCUGAAUAGAGAGAAAUGAUCCAAAAUGUAUCCAAAAUGUUAUCCCAGGAAUCCGGAGUCCUUGGGCUGGACUGGGAACAAGUGAGUUAAAGGUAUUGAUUGUCCACUAACGAGUGACUGGGCUGGGAACAAGUGAGUUAAAGAUAUUAAUUGUCCACUAAUGAGUGACUGGGCUGGGAACAAGUGAGUUAAAGAUAUUGGUUGUCCACUAACGAGUGACUGGGCUGGGAACAAGUAAGUUAAAGAUAUUAAUUGUCCACUAAUGAGUGACUGGGCUGGGAACAGGUGAGUUAAAGAUAUUAAUUGUCCACUAACAGUGACUGGGCUGGGAACAAGUGAGUUAAAGGUAUUGGUUGUCCACUAAGGAGUGAAACGGUGUCAGGAAACACACACUUGGGUGAGGUGCUUUGGGAAAGGAAGUGUUGCCCCUGUGGCUGUAGGAGGAAGCCUCUUUCUUCUGUGGCAAACAGAGAGAAGGCUGCAGAGCCCGGGAGGCAGCUCAUUCCCACUCUUAAAUCCUGGGGCUCCUCGCUGCUGAGCCCCAAGGAAGGAUUCCUGAAGGCUGACAUCCUUUCUGGGAGUUGUAAGUUGGCCAGAGAGCCUGGAAUAUGGUUUUAAUUCUGCACAGCCUUAAAGUUGUGUUGCAUUUCUUUUCCCACACUGUUCACAGACUUCUGUGUUUGUUCAGUUUUCCAAACCCUAUGAAAGCAGACCAUGGAGGUGCUGCAGAAAGCUGGGAAACACAGAGUUAAUGAGCUGCUGUGUCCCAAGCACUGAUAACAGGAUCUGCUGGGUGGGGGUAAGGGCAGCUCUGCUCCUGCAGCCUCCUCCCCCAGCUCUGCGUGCCCCACUCCCAGGAGGAAAGAAACUCUCAAGGUUUGUACGUGCCCAUGGUCAAAAAGGAAUGACAGGUGUCAGAAGAGUCAAAAAAAAGCUCACAGAAAGUUCUAACAGCAAAUUCCACUCUCAGCAUGGAAAUUGGUAUAUUUUGCCCUUCAGGAAGAAGAGAAAUAAAAAGGUAAAAGAAAAAAGGGAAGAGAGAGGGAGAUCGGAGAGACAAAGGGAAGGACAUCACCAAUCCUGGCUCCAGCAUCAAUCCAGCUGUGUUCAGGAUCCCAGAGGUGCCCUGUGAGCCCUGGAUCACCCUUUUACAGCCACAUUUUCCACACCCUGGGGCUGCUUUUUUCACUUUGAUGCAAACAAGUCAGCAGGCACAGCCCAUGCCUCUGGAUCUCUUAGAAAUGGAUCAGGGGGUCUCUGCUGGUUUUGGUCCCCUCUGAUUGAUCAGCCUUUGGUGGACACUCCCUGCCCUGUGCUGUGCAUGCUGUGCUUAUCUCCAGGAGCCAGAACAAGGGUGUUUGUCCCAAAAAAGAGCUGUCCCUGCUCCGUGUGCCCCCCUUUUCCAGCCACAUCCCAUCCUUCCCCAUUCAGGGUCUCACACAACAGUCCUUGGCUGGCUCCACAGCUGAGACACAGCCCUUUAUCUCCUGGCCUUCUACAGAACCCUUUAUAAACCUGGGCCUGAAAAAUGACCAGCCUGGGACUCUAUUCCUUCAGCAGAAUGCAGGGAAAGAGAAUUACUUGAGAAUUUAGGUAGGGAAAAGCGUGGUAGGGAGAAAUAAGAACCCAGAGAGGAAAUGAAAGGGAGGGAAAGAGCUGAAUUAUUGCUGUCAGUGAAAACUGAGCAACUGCAGAAAGAGUUGAGGAAGAAAAGGAGGAAGACAAGCCCAAAACUGGAAAUAUCAGAGGGGCUGAAAAUUUCAGAAGGUCCCCCUCUGCAGCCAUGUCCUAUUUAAAUUUGCCCCUUGUUACCCAGGUUUGGGACACAGCAGCACUUUAACUCCUUGGUGCCCGGGAUGGUGCACCCCAGGGCACUGCCCACCCGGUGUUGGGGCCCACAGCUCCUACUGGGGCCAGCUCAGCUCCAGAAAUUCCCAUUCCUGCCACAUCAGGAAUUUGCCAUUGUGAUACUUUAGUUUUAAAUCAAGGAACACAGGUACUGUGUGGAGUCAGUGCCCUGUAGCCUCUGGAAUUCUUUUGGGGUUAAGGUUGGCCGAUUCCUGCUUCUCACCCGGGAGCCAUAAAUUACCCUGAGUUUGGCACAGGGUGAUUUGCCCCAGGGAUUUUAACUCUUUGCCCUCCGGGUCCUACACCAGCACGCUGCUAUGUUAGUACUGGAAAUUGUGCUCCCGUGUCUAUUAAAAAUUUUUAUGAAUUGUUGACAAGAACCAGCUGAAAUGAGAAUAUCCAGGCCAUUAUUCUGGCUGCAUGGGUAAGAUUCCCCUUGCUGGGUGUGUGGCUGUUAAGGAAAUUUCUCUGCAUGCCCAUCCAGGAGCCACUGUGGAGUCACAGCUGAGCAUUCCCUGAGCAGGGAUCGGCUCCUGUGAGCCCUGUUUGAUCUCACCCAGCUUUCCUCACAGACUCCAUCCCAGAUUUCC